GUGACGCGUCCCUUGUCAAUAAAACCCCGCCCCUAAUCCAGCCUUUUCACUGUUAUUGGACAAUUAUUUAUACACGCCUUCAUAAAUUUGCAGAACCGUUGGCUGAUUUGGUUGUCAAUCUCAAACAGAGGCUCUAUUUACAAGGAAACCAUGUCUUCGGACGAAGACCGAGCAAAGGAGAUUCUGAAGGGCUUUAAAUUAAACUGGAUGAACCUGAGGGAUGCAGAAACAGGGAAAGUUCUCUGGCAGGGAACUGAAGAUCUCUCUGUACCUGGUGUAGAACAUGAAGCUCGGGUGCCCAAAAAGAUCCUAAAAUGUAAAUCUGUCUCCAGAGAGCUUAAUUUCUCCUCAUCAGAAAAGCUGGAAAAGUUUCGCCUGGAGCAGAAGGUUCUCUUCAAAGGCCAGUGUCUAGAAGAGUGGUUCUUCGAGUUUGGCUUUGUGAUCCCCAAUUCUACAAACACAUGGCAGUCAUUGAUAGAGGCCGCACCCGAGUCACAGAUGAUGCCUGCUAAUGUGUUAACUGGAAAUGUUGUCAUAGAGACGAAAUUCUACGACGACGAGCUUCACGUCAGCACAUCACGAGUUCGGCUUUUCUACGUCUGAGAUGUGAAGCCUCUUUUUUUUUUUUUUUUUUUUUUUUUUUUUUUUAAAUUGUCAUUCAGAAGGAUGCACACAUUACUGUCUUUUUUUUUUUUUUAAUGGCCAGAUGAAACUCUGCUUAAUGAGUAUUUCCAUGGCACUAUGACAACGGCACUAAAGGGAGCAAGUCAAGCAGACUAAAAUUCAGGUUAAACAGUCACACCAGUUUAAUGACAAAGACUUGGAAGCAGGGGCAGUGAUGCUCAUCUGAACCUCACCAUGUAAAUUGUUUUAUUUGUACAUUUAUUUUCCCUAUCUUAUCUUUUGCUCCUUUUUUUUUUUUUUUUUUUUUUUAAAUCCUGCAUUGUAUACUGCUUCCAUGCAUUAUGUUUUUAAAUAUUUGCUGCCAGUUUCUGUGGUUGCUAAUAUAUAUUUUUUAACAAACUUGUAAGAUAGGCAGUGUUUAAAUACAUGAUGUAAUUAUGGGUUUAUAAAUUUGAUAUCCUUGAGUGAUGCAUUUUUCCUUGGACUCUGCUGUUUGUUUUCUUUUUCAAUAGGUAUAUACCUAUAAGACUAUCAGUACCAGCUGUAUUAGCUCUUCCAUAUGUGGGGGAAUAAAUCUGUGUAAAGACAAACCAGUGGUUUUGUUGACGCUACUCUGUGUAACCUGGCCUAUUUGAUUUCUUCUAUUAAACCUUUCUUGCCCAGGAUGCUCAAAGGUUAUCCAUAACAAAUUUUCUCAUCAUUUGUCACCAUGUCUGUUUGACCUUCUUUAUUAAAAGCAAUGAAAUGUU